AUUAUUUAAAGUGACCUCCAUUCUACUUUUAUGUAAAGUCUGCACAAGAAUUCCCACUGCAAUGGCUUCACAAACCUAUGAACCCCACUUUGUGUUCAUUCCCUUGAUGGGUCCAGGCCAUAUUAUCCCCAUAAUUGAUAUAGCUAGAUUACUCGCACAAAGGGGUGUGACAGUCACCAUAGCUACAACACCCCAAAAUGCUGCUAGAUUUGCUUCUGUAGUCAAUCGUGCCACCAGUUCAGGGCUACCUAUCAGAUUUCUGCAACUCGAAUUUCCUCUUGAGGCUGGACUGCCCAAAGGCUGUGAAAAUGUCGACAGUAUGCCCUCCAUGGACAUGUUAGGCAAUUUCGUUACUGCAAUAAGCAUGUUGCAGCAGCCCUUUGAGAAGUCCUUGAUGGAGAUGAGACCACCUCCAAGCUGCAUAGUCUCUGAUAAAUUCAUAUCAUGGGCAGCUAGUACUGCGUCCCAGUUCAGGAUUCCAAGGAUAUUAUUUGAUGGGAUGAGUUGCUUCACUCUGCUGUGUAAUUACAACUUACACAAAUCUGAGAUCUACAAGCAUGUAACUGAAACGGAGCCUUUUGUGGUGCCGGGUUUGCCUCAUCGAAUUGAAUUCACAAGAGCACAGUUAUCUGGAUACUUCAACCCAGGAUCCAACAAAAAACUCAAUGCUAUGCGACAGCAAGUUAGAGAUGCUGAGGAAGGAGCAUAUGGAGUGCUGGUUAAUAGCUUUGAGGAAUUGGAACCGGAGUAUCUCAGAGCAUAUCGAGAGGCCACUGGUGAUAAGGUCUGGUGCAUUGGUCCUGUUUCUUUAUGCAACAAGGAGAUCUCAGACAAGGCCGAAAGAGGUAACAAAACCUGCAUAGAUGAAAACAAGUGCUUAAAGUGGCUGGAUUCUCGGUCAUCAAACUCAGUCCUUUAUGUUUGUUUCGGAAGCAUCAAUCGCUUGACACCACCACAGUUGAUUGAGCUAGGCUUGGCCCUAGAAGCAUCAAACAGAUCUUUCAUCUGGGUCAUAAGACAAGCCAGCAAACCGGAGGAAAUGGAAAAAUGGCUAACCGAGUAUGGAUUUGAGGAGAGAGUAAAAGGAAGAGGGCUCCUGAUAAAGGGCUGGGCACCACAAGUAUUAAUCCUAUCACACCAGGCCAUUGGAGGAUUCUUAACACACUGUGGCUGGAAUUCGACACUUGAAGGGAUCUGUGCCGGGGUCCCAAUGGCAACUUGGCCACUGUUUGGAGAGCAGUUUUACAACGAGAAAUUGAUUGUGCAAGUUCUGGAAAUCGGGGUGAGGGUAGGCAGUCCGGUAGUUACACAAUUAGGGGAUGAAGAGAAAUUUGGGGUCUUGGUGAAAGAGGAAGAUGUCACAAAGGCUAUAGAGAAGCUAAUGGAUGAAGGAGAAGAAGGAAAGAAGAGAAGAGAAAGAGCUCAAAAGUUUGCAGCCAUGGCAGUAAAGGCAGUAGAAAAAGGAGGAUCUUCUUACCUCAACAUUACACUACUAAUCCAGGACAUAAAUCGAGUGCAAGCCAACCAGAACCAGCCAUAAAACAGAGAUAAGAACUUAAACCCUGUCUUCAUGUAAUAAAGGACACUUUGCAGACAUGGUGAAGAAAGCACUAUCAGUAAGAAAUAAAUCCAUAGGAGAGCUGGAUCAUCUUAUCUCAACAUUUUCCUGCUUAUUGAAGAUAUCAUGCAACAAACCUCAAGCAAAAUUCCAACUACAACAUGAGAAAAAGGUUAUCCAUUCAAUUCGUUUUUUUUAGAAUUUUUUUGUUCUAUUCAAUCAUCUCAUCCACACAUGAAACUCAUGGAACCAGAAACAAACAACCACAUUAGCACGGACCAUGUGGUCUGAAAGCCAGUUGUUACUUCCCAGUGUGCCUAUCUAUGUAUUACGUAACUAUGCAAAACGAAAGUGAAGGAAACAAGGCAUGGAACACGAACUAGAAGAUGAAUACAAACACAAGAUAACGCUUAAUUGCAGAUGUAGGCUCUUACAUCACCAGAAAUUAAGAAGCAGAGUAUAUGUUAUAAAGCACAACCCAAAAGAAACAGAGUAUAUGCUUAAUUGCAAAAUCUCUGUGAAAAUUGAGACCUGAGCUUCAGCACAAGGCUGGCCCUCCUUAUAUUUAAGUUACACAUGUUUCUUAUUACAUUUCGAGAUGAGAUCUUACCAUUAACAAUCUCUAAUUGUGUUCUGAUAUGUGGGUGGGGCACGCACCCAAGUUCUG